AUGCGGAUAGCGUUACCGGGUAACGCAUACCAAAGCAGGGACCCGUCGGAGCCCGUAGCAAGGGAAAGUCCAAAGGCCGCCGCGGAUAACGGAACCGGAGACAUGGGCAACCGAGGUUUCGUCAGCGCGCGAGCGCCACAAGACGGGCCUAUUCAAAUCAGGUCGCCAAGAUGCCAGCACGCAGCAGCAGCAAAGCCAAAUCAUAGGGAGAGGGGCGGGGAGGCAGCACCGAAACCGCGAGAUGGAGGCGGACUCAGGUUCCGCACUCCAGCUGCUGGCGUCCCCCUGGUUCGCGGUCGGCCCCGUCGCCGAACCCAGAAAGAGGACGAAGGUCGGAUCACCGACGUGGAGCUGGAGGAGGAGGAGGAGGCCGGCGUCCGGUCGGCAGGGCAGGAGGCUGAGGUGCCGACCAUCAGCCUGUCCUCGUCCGAGGAGGAGGAGGAGGAAGCCCAGGAGGACACCGGGACGGAGACGGUGAGUCCGGAGGUCUCCCGACGGAGGACGACAGGAAAGGCCCGGAUGGCAUUCCGCCGCAUAAGAAGGGCCGCAGCCGGAUUCGGGCGGAUCCGGUUGGGCGACGCAGCGCCAUCAGGCCGCCCGGAGGAGGCAAUGCGUAUACUCGCAACCCGGGCAGAAGUGGUGCGGCGAUGUUCGCGCAGCGGGGGUGGCGCAGCCGCAGCAGCCAGGGAGUGGCAGAAGCGGCUGGAUGAGGCUGAGGCUGAAGAGGCAAAAUCUGGAACGGCCACCGCAACAGCCGCCGCUGCAAGCGCCUCCACCGCCACCACUGCCGUCGCCGCCCCAGGAGAGCAGCACCGCCACCGCCACCACCGUCGCCGCCUCGGGCCGCAGCACCACCACCGCCACCACCGUCGCAUCCUCGGGCCAGCACCGCCACCGCCACCACCGUCGUCGCCUCGGGCCGCAGCACCACCACCGCCACCACCGUCGCCGCCUCGGGCCGCAGCACCACCACCGCCACCACCGUCGCCGCCUCGGGCCGCAGCACCGCCACCGUCGCCGCCUCGGGCUGCAACACCGCUACCGCCACCACCGUCACCGCCGCAGGCACCACGGCCAUUCCAGGCACCACGGCACGGAGCGGAGACACCGCCGCCUCCACCGCCGCCGUGGGUGCCAACGCCGUCGCCGUCGCCAGCAAAACGGCUCGGUGGGGAGCCGGAGUGCUGGGAGAAGGGGCCCUGGGUGUCGCCAGGCUGA